AGCGGACGGGUGAGGAGGAGAGCCAGCUGCUGCUGUUGGGCAAGAGCGGGCGCCCAGGCAGCCGGGCCCCCGGCCCCGGCCAGACAGCAGGCGGCCAGCGUCCCCGAGGAAGGGGUACCAUGGGGGAGCCGGCGACAGGCGCCCCCAGCCCGCCGCGCGCCUCCCCUUGAGGGAGGCUUGGCGUCCUCCUCCCUAGCUUGCCGCCCCAGCCUCCAGCUCUCGAAGCCCGGAGUCCGCCCGGGUCUGCGGCCGCGGCCGCAGCCGCAGCCGCUGCGCCCCACACUCUCUGCCUACCCGGCGCUGAGCAGUCCUCGGCCCCAGGCUUCGCCGGCCCCGGGCUGCUCGCGGACGCCCUCCCCCAGUCAUGAACCCCCCGGAGGGGGCAGCGGAGGAAGGAGGAGCGGCCGAUUCGGACGUGGAUGCGUUUUUCCGCACAGGUUCUUUUCGGAAUGAUGGUUUGAAAGCUUCUGAUGUCCUUCCCAUCCUAAAGGAAAAAGUGGCCUUCGUUUCUGGGGGCCGUGAUAAACGAGGUGGACCCAUCCUGACCUUCCCUGCUCGCAGCAAUCAUGACAGAAUAAGACAGGAAGACCUACGGAAACUCGUGACCUAUUUGGCCAGUGUGCCAAGUGAGGACGUGUGCAAACGUGGCUUCACCGUCAUCAUCGACAUGCGGGGCUCCAAGUGGGACCUCAUCAAGCCCCUCCUCAAGACGCUGCAGGAAGCUUUCCCAGCUGAGAUCCAUGUGGCCCUCAUCAUUAAACCCGACAACUUCUGGCAGAAGCAGAAGACCAACUUUGGCAGCUCCAAAUUCAUCUUUGAGACGAGCAUGGUGUCUGUGGAAGGCCUCACAAAGCUGGUGGACCCCUCCCAGCUGACUGAGGAGUUUGAUGGCUCCCUGGACUACAACCACGAGGAAUGGAUCGAGCUGCGGCUCUCCCUGGAGGAGUUCUUCAACAGCGCUGUGCACCUGCUCUCACGCCUGGAGGACCUGCAGGAGAUGCUGGCCAGGAAGGAGUUCCCUGUGGAUGUGGAGGGCUCUCGGCGGCUCAUCGAUGAGCACACGCAGCUCAAGAAGAAGGUGCUGAAGGCCCCUGUGGAGGAGCUGGACCGGGAGGGGCAGCGGCUACUGCAGUGCAUCCGCUGCAGCGAUGGCUUCUCAGGGCGCAAUUGCAUCCCUGGCAGCGCUGACUUCCAGAGCCUGGUGCCCAAGAUCACCAGCCUGCUGGACAAGCUGCACUCCACCCGGCAGCACCUGCACCAGAUGUGGCAUGUGCGCAAGCUCAAGCUGGAUCAGUGUUUCCAGCUGCGGCUUUUUGAGCAGGAUGCCGAGAAGAUGUUCGACUGGAUAAGCCACAACAAGGAAUUAUUCCUCCAGAGCCAUACAGAGAUCGGAGUCAGCUACCAGCACGCUCUAGACCUGCAGACACAGCACAAUCACUUCGCCAUGAACUCCAUGAAUGCCUAUGUCAACAUCAACCGCAUCAUGUCCGUGGCUUCUCGCCUCUCUGAGGCUGGUCAUUAUGCCUCACAGCAAAUCAAGCAGAUUUCCACACAGCUGGACCAGGAGUGGAAGAGCUUUGCAGCUGCCCUGGAUGAACGUAGCACCAUCCUCGCCAUGUCUGCGGUAUUCCACCAGAAGGCUGAGCAGUUCCUGUCGGGAGUGGACGCCUGGUGCAAGAUGUGCAGUGAAGGUGGCCUGCCAUCUGAGAUGCAGGACCUGGAGCUGGCAAUCCACCACCACCAGUCUUUGUAUGAGCAGGUGACUCAGGCCUACACUGAGGUCAGCCAGGAUGGCAAAGCCCUGCUGGACGUGCUUCAGCGUCCCCUGAGUCCUGGGAACUCUGAGUCCCUCACAGCCACAGCCAACUACUCCAAGGCAGUGCACCAGGUACUGGACGUGGUACAUGAGGUGCUGCACCAUCAGCGGCGACUCGAGAGCAUCUGGCAGCACCGCAAGGUGCGGCUCCACCAGCGGCUGCAGCUCUGUGUUUUCCAGCAGGACGUCCAGCAGGUAUUAGACUGGAUUGAAAACCACGGUGAGGCCUUUCUCAGCAAACACACAGGGGUUGGGAAGUCCCUGCACCGAGCCCGAGCCCUGCAGAAGAGGCAUGAUGACUUUGAGGAGGUUGCUCAGAAUACGUACACCAAUGCUGACAAGCUCCUAGAAGCAGCGGAACAGCUGGCGCAGACUGGGGAAUGUGACCCAGAGGAGAUCUACAAGGCAGCUCGACACCUGGAGGUGCGCAUCCAAGACUUCGUGCGCAGGGUGGAGCAGCGGAAGCUUCUCCUGGACAUGUCUGUUUCCUUCCACACACACACCAAAGAGUUGUGGACAUGGAUGGAAGACCUUCAGAAGGAGAUGCUGGAAGACGUCUGUGCAGACUCAGUGGAUGCGGUCCAGGAACUGAUCAAGCAGUUCCAGCAGCAGCAGACUGCCACUCUGGAUGCCACCCUCAAUGUCAUCAAGGAAGGCGAAGACCUUAUCCAGCAGCUCAGGUCAGCGCCUCCCUCCCUGGGGGAGCCCAGCGAGGCCAGGGACUCAGCUGUGUCCAACAACAAGACACCCCACAGUAGCUCCAUCAGCCACAUCGAGUCGGUCCUGCAGCAGCUGGACGAUGCCCAGGUGCAGAUGGAAGAGCUCUUCCACGAGCGGAAGAUCAAGCUGGACAUCUUCCUGCAGCUGCGCAUCUUUGAGCAGUACACCAUUGAGGUGACAGCAGAGCUGGAUGCCUGGAAUGAAGACUUGCUCCGGCAGAUGAACGACUUCAACACGGAGGAUCUGACACUAGCAGAGCAGCGGCUCCAGCGCCAUACGGAGCGGAAACUAGCCAUGAACAACAUGACCUUCGAGGUCAUCCAACAGGGCCAGGAUUUGCACCAGUACAUCAUGGAGGUCCAGGCCUCAGGAAUUGAGUUAAUCUGUGAGAAGGACAUUGAUCUGGCAGCCCAGGUGCAAGAGCUGCUGGAGUUUCUGCACGAGAAGCAGCACGAACUGGAGCUCAACGCAGAGCAGACUCAUAAGCGGCUGGAGCAGUGCCUCCAACUGCGGCACCUCCAGGCUGAGGUCAAACAGGUCCUGGGAUGGAUCCGCAAUGGGGAGUCAAUGCUCAAUGCCAGCCUGGUCAAUGCCAGCUCUUUGUCUGAAGCAGAGCAGCUGCAGCGGGAGCACGAACAGUUCCAGCUGGCCAUCGAGUCCCUCUUUCAUGCCACUUCCUUGCAGAAGACGCACCAGAGUGCCCUGCAGGUGCAGCAGAAAGCUGAGGCACUGCUCCAGGCUGGCCACUACGAUGCAGAUGCCAUCCGGGAAUGUGCCGAGAAGGUGGCCCUCCAUUGGCAGCAGCUCAUGCUGAAGAUGGAAGACCGGCUAAAACUGGUCAAUGCCUCUGUGGCCUUUUACAAAACUUCUGAACAGGUUUGUAGUGUCCUGGAGAGCUUAGAGCAAGAGUACCGGAGAGAUGAGGACUGGUGUGGUGGACGGGAUAAACUGGGGCCCGCAGCAGAGAUCGACCACGUCAUUCCUCUCAUCAGUAAACAUUUGGAGCAAAAGGAGGCCUUUCUGAAGGCCUGCACCCUGGCGCGGCGGAAUGCUGAGGUAUUUCUCAAGUACAUCCACAGGAACAACGUCAGCAUGCCCAGUGCCGCCAGCCAUACUCGGGGACCUGAGCAGCAAGUGAAAGCCAUCCUGAGUGAGCUCUUACAGAGGGAGAACCGCGUCCUGCACUUCUGGACCUUGAAGAAGCGGCGGUUAGACCAGUGCCAGCAAUACGUGGUGUUUGAGCGCAGUGCUAAGCAGGCGCUUGAAUGGAUCCAAGAAACAGGUGAAUAUUACCUCUCAACACAUACCUCCACCGGAGAGACCGCAGAGGAGACUCAGGAACUACUGAAAGAAUACGGGGAAUUCAGGGUGCCCGCCAAGCAAACAAAGGAGAAGGUGAAGCUUCUGAUUCAGCUGGCCGAUAGCUUUGUGGAAAAAGGCCACAUUCAUGCCACAGAGAUCAGGAAAUGGGUGACCACGGUGGACAAGCACUACAGAGACUUCUCCUUGAGGAUGGGGAAGUACCAGUACUCCCUGGAGAAAGCCCUAGGAGUCAACACAGAGGACAACAAGGACCUGGAGCUGGACAUCAUCCCAGCAAGCCUUUCGGAUCGUGAGGUCAAGCUGCGGGACGCCAACCACGAAGUCAAUGAAGAGAAGCGGAAGUCUGCCCGGAAGAAAGAAUUCAUUAUGGCUGAACUGCUCCAGACAGAGAAGGCUUAUGUAAGGGACUUACAUGAGUGCUUAGAGACCUACCUGUGGGAAAUGACCAGUGGUGUGGAGGAGAUCCCCCCUGGGAUCCUUAAUAAAGAACAUAUCAUCUUUGGCAACAUCCAGGAGAUCUACGAUUUUCAUAACAACAUCUUCCUCAAAGAGCUGGAGAAGUACGAGCAGCUGCCUGAGGACGUGGGACACUGCUUUGUUACCUGGGCAGAUAAAUUUCAGAUGUAUGUCACCUACUGUAAAAACAAGCCUGAUUCCAACCAGCUGAUUCUGGAGCAUGCAGGCACCUUCUUUGAUGAGAUACAGCAGCGGCAUGGUCUGGCCAACUCCAUCUCUUCCUACCUAAUUAAGCCCGUCCAGAGGAUCACCAAGUACCAGCUGCUCCUGAAGGAACUUUUAACUUGCUGUGAAGAGGGGAAGGGGGAGCUCAAGGAUGGCCUGGAGGUGAUGCUCAGUGUCCCAAAGAAAGCCAAUGAUGCCAUGCAUGUCAGCAUGCUGGAAGGGUUCGAUGAGAACCUGGACGUGCAGGGGGAGCUGAUUCUCCAGGAUGCCUUUCAAGUGUGGGACCCGAAGUCACUGAUCCGGAAGGGACGGGAGCGGCACCUGUUCCUCUUUGAGAUCUCCUUGGUUUUUAGCAAGGAGAUCAAAGACUCUUCAGGACACACAAAAUAUGUUUACAAGAACAAGCUACUGACCUCAGAGCUGGGUGUGACCGAGCACGUAGAGGGGGAUCCCUGCAAAUUUGCCUUGUGGUCUGGGCGCACCCCAUCCUCAGACAAUAAAACCGUGCUGAAAGCCUCCAACAUAGAAACCAAGCAGGAGUGGAUCAAGAACAUACGUGAGGUGAUUCAAGAAAGGAUCAUUCACCUGAAAGGAGCUUUAAAGGAGCCAAUUCAGCUCCCCAAAACACCAGCCAAACUGAGGAACAAUAGUAAGAGGGAUGGAGUGGAGGAUGUUGACAGCCAGGGGGAUGGGAGCAGCCAGCCGGAUACCAUCUCCAUCGCCUCGAGGACCUCUCAGAACACAGUGGACAGUGACAAGCUCUCUGGUGGAUGUGAGUUGACCGUGGUCCUCCAGGACUUCAACGCUGGCCACAGCAGUGAGCUGACCAUCCAGGUGGGACAGACGGUGGAGCUGCUGGAGCGGCCGAGUGAGCGGCCGGGCUGGUGUCUGGUGCGCACAACGGAGCGGAGUCCCCCACAGGAGGGCCUGGUCCCCAGCAGUGCCCUGUGCAUCUCCCAUUCCCGAAGCAGCGUGGAGAUGGACUGCUUCUUCCCACUGGUGAAAGAUGCAUACUCUCACUCCUCAAGUGAAAAUGGAGGCAAGUCCGAGUCAGUGGCCAACCUGCAGUCUCAGCCCUCCCUGAACUCCAUCCAUAGCUCGCCCGGCCCCAAACGCUCCACCAACACCCUUAAGAAGUGGCUGACGAGUCCUGUGCGCCGGCUUAACAGUGGGAAAGCAGACGGAAACAUCAAGAAGCAGAAGAAAGUGCGUGAUGGUCGGAAGAGCUUUGACCUGGGAUCUCCCAAGCCUGGUGAUGAGACGACCCCUCAGGGAGACAGUGCUGAUGAGAAGAGCAAGAAAGGUUGGGGUGAAGAUGAGCCAGAUGAAGAGUCACACACCCCGCUCCCUCCGCCUAUGAAGAUCUUUGACAAUGACCCGACACAGGAUGAGAUGUCCUCCUCUUUGCUAGCAGCCCGGCAGGCUUCCAGCGAGGUGCCUACUGCUGCAGACCUUGUCAGUGCAAUAGAACAGUUGGUCAAAAGCAAGCUGAGCCUAGAAGGAGGCUCAUACCGGGGGAGCCUGAAAGAACCGGCAGGCUGCCUGAAUGAGGGGAUGGCCCCGCCCACACCUACCAGAAACCUGGAAGAAGAACAGAAAGCCAAGGCCCUGCGAGGCAGGAUGUUUGUCCUGAAUGAGCUGGUGCAGACUGAGAAAGACUACGUCAAGGAUCUGGGGAUUGUAGUGGAGGGCUUCAUGAAGAGAAUAGAAGAAAAGGGCGUCCCUGAGGACAUGCGAGGAAAGGACAAAAUUGUGUUUGGGAAUAUUCACCAGAUUUACGAUUGGCAUAAGGAUUUUUUCCUGGCUGAACUGGAAAAAUGUAUCCAGGAACAAGACAAAUUGGCACAGCUCUUUAUUAAACAUGAGCGGAAGCUGCACAUCUACGUGUGGUACUGCCAGAAUAAGCCGCGCUCGGAGUACAUCGUCGCUGAGUACGAUGCCUACUUUGAAGAGGUGAAACAGGAGAUAAAUCAAAGGCUAACGCUCAGUGACUUCCUCAUCAAGCCCAUUCAGAGAAUAACCAAGUAUCAGUUGCUCCUCAAGGACUUCCUGCGAUACAGCGAGAAGGCGGGCUUGGAGUGCUCAGAUAUCGAGAAAGCCGUGGAGUUAAUGUGCCUUGUUCCAAAACGCUGCAAUGAUAUGAUGAAUCUGGGACGCCUGCAGGGCUUUGAGGGCACCCUGACCGCUCAAGGGAAGCUGCUACAGCAGGACACGUUCUAUGUGAUUGAGCUGGAUGCAGGCAUGCAGUCCCGAACCAAGGAGAGGCGCGUGUUCCUCUUCGAGCAAAUUGUCAUCUUCAGUGAACUGCUCAGGAAGGGAUCUCUUACCCCAGGCUACAUGUUCAAAAGGAGCAUCAAGAUGAACUACUUGGUCCUGGAGGAGAAUGUGGACAACGACCCCUGCAAGUUCGCACUCAUGAACAGGGAAACUUCGGAGAGGGUCAUUCUGCAAGCCGCCAACGCUGACAUCCAGCAGGCCUGGGUGCAGGACAUCAAUCAAGUCUUAGAAACACAACGAGACUUCUUAAAUGCACUACAGUCACCCAUUGAGUAUCAGCGGAAGGAGAGGAGCACAGCUGUGAUGAGGUCCCAGCCUGCUAGGCCUCUUCAAGCCAGCCCUAGGCCCUACUCCUCUGUCCCCGUGGGCUCUGAGAAGCCCCCAAAGGGCUCCAGCUAUAACCCCCCUCUGCCACCUCUGAAGAUAUCUACCUCCAAUGGCAAUCCAGGGUUUGACUACCACCAGCCUGGGGACAAGUUUGAGGCCAGCAAGCAGAGUGACCUGGGAGGCUGCAAUGGGACUUCGUCUAUGGCUGUGAUCAAAGAUUACUAUGCACUGAAGGAGAACGAAAUCUGUGUGAGCCAAGGUGAGGUGGUCCAGGUCCUCGCCGUCAACCAGCAGAACAUGUGCCUGGUGUACCAGCCUGCCAGUGACCACUCGCCCGCGGCCGAGGGCUGGGUCCCGGGCAGCAUCCUGGCACCCCUCACCAAAGCCACGGCAGCGGCAGAAAGUAGUGACGGGAGCAUCAAGAAGUCAUGUUCAUGGCACACUCUACGCAUGAGAAAGCGGGCGGAAGUGGAGAACACGGGUAAAAGUGAAGCCACAGGGUCUCGUAAACCCAAGGAUAUUCUGGGCAACAAAGUCUCUGUUAAAGAGACGAACAGUUCCGAGGAGUCAGAGUGUGAUGAUCUUGACCCUAAUACUAGCAUGGAGAUCUUAAAUCCAAAUUUCAUCCAAGAAGUGGCCCCAGAAUUCCUUGUGCCCUUAGUGGAUGUGACCUGCUUGCUUGGGGACACAGUGACACUGCAGUGCAAAGUCUGUGGGCGACCAAAGCCCACCAUCACCUGGAAGGGUCCAGACCAGAGCAUCCUUGACACUGACAGCAGCUCAGCCACAUACAGCCUGUCCUCCUGUGAUUCCGGGGAGAUCACCCUGAAGAUCUGUAAUCUGAUGCCCCAGGACAGUGGGAUUUAUACCUGCAUUGCAACAAAUGACCACGGGACCGCAUCGACGUCCGCUGCAGUUAAAGUGCAAGGUGUUCCGGCAGCCCCUAACCGCCCCAUUGCCCAGGAGAGAAGCUGCACCUCCGUGAUUCUCCGCUGGCUGCCCCCGUCCAGCACGGGAAACUGCACUAUUUCCGGUUACACCGUGGAGUACAGAGAGGAAGGUUCCCAGGCCUGGCAGCAGUCGGUGGCUUCGACCUUGGACACUUACCUUGUCAUUGAAGACCUCAGUCCCGGGAGUCCUUACCAGUUCCGUGUCAGUGCCAGUAACCCCUGGGGGAUCAGCCUUCCCAGUGAGCCCUCAGAGUUCGUGAGACUUCCAGAAUACGAUGCUGCUGCUGAUGGGGCCACCAUUUCCUGGAAGGAAAACUUUGAUUCGGCUUACACUGAGCUGAAUGAAAUCGGAAGAGGCCGUUUCUCCAUCGUAAAGAAGUGCAUUCACAAAGCUACCCGCAAAGAUGUCGCUGUGAAAUUUGUUAGCAAAAAAAUGAAGAAAAAAGAGCAGGCUGCCCACGAGGCUGCCCUGCUCCAGCACCUGCAGCACCCGCAGUACGUCACCCUCCACGACACCUACGAGUCUCCCACGUCCUACAUCCUGAUUCUGGAGCUGAUGGAUGAUGGCCGGCUCUUAGACUACCUUAUGAAUCACGAUGAGCUCAUGGAAGAGAAGGUAGCAUUCUACAUCCGAGACAUCAUGGAGGCCCUACAGUACCUUCACAACUGCAGGGUUGCUCACUUGGACAUCAAGCCCGAGAACCUGCUCAUUGACCUGCGGAUUCCAGUGCCUCGAGUGAAGCUCAUCGACUUGGAGGAUGCUGUCCAGAUCUCAGGACACUUUCACAUCCACCACCUGCUGGGGAACCCUGAGUUUGCUGCCCCGGAAGUGAUCCAGGGCAUCCCCGUGUCCCUGGGCACUGACAUCUGGAGCAUCGGGGUGCUGACGUAUGUCAUGCUGAGUGGGGUCUCCCCCUUCUUGGAUGAGAGCAAAGAGGAGACAUGUAUCAAUGUAUGCAGGGUGGACUUCAGCUUCCCCCAUGAAUACUUCUGUGGCGUGAGCAAUGCCGCCAGAGAUUUCAUCAACGUCAUCCUGCAGGAAGACUUCCGGAGGCGGCCCACAGCAGCCACCUGCCUGCAGCACCCGUGGCUGCAGCCCCACAAUGGCAGCUACUCCAAGAUCCCUCUGGACACCUCCCGCCUGGCCUGCUUCAUAGAACGCCGCAAGCACCAGAACGAUGUGCGGCCUGUUCCCAAUGUCAAGAGCUAUAUUGUCAGCCGGGUCAACCAAGGGACGUAGCCACUGAGCUUGCGUCCCAGCCCUUGAGGUUUCACAUGGAAGUGCAGUGUGAGCCAAAGCAAGACUGAAUGUGUCUGUAAAUAAUUCUGUUCAUUAUUUCACUCCAUGCAGUUCUCUGGAUUGAGAGAUGGUCUCUCUUAAACCUCAUCAGUGGUUAUUCAGGGUCUGAGCAGCAGUAAAAUCACCCGAGAUCCAGGGCUUUCCAGAAGGUCGUUCACAAGAGAUAAAGGAGAAAGUCACAGAGAGUAUUACAAAGAGGGUCAAGGAUAACAAGAAUAUUAGCUGUCACAAAAUGUUAAUUGUGCAUUCCAAAAUGAGUGGGUAAGUGGGCAAAACUUCAGCUCAUUGUGGUGAGUAUAAAAGGUUUCUGCCUGUGCUGAAAUUUCAAGCAAAAAGUUCUAUUUAACAGAAAUGUCAAGUAUGCCAACCAUUCUGGUUUAUAGUACUUAUAGUUUCUUAAUAAGAUUCAUAUACACACACAGUAAAACAUAUCCCAUUCAGAUUUCAGAGUUUUAUAAUAGAGAGAUAUAUAUGAAAUCAAUCAAAGUAACUUUUUAGUGCUCCAGUUAAGACAGUAAUUUAUCUGCCGAAGCAUUACAUUGUUUUGACUAAGCACAAUUAGAUGACAAGAUUUUUAGAGCAUUUUAUAAAUCCUGUAUAGAAAUCUUUACCAGAACCUGUGCAUUAAGAGAAAGCAGUUCCCCUUUUGAAAUCUGUGAACAAGUUUUCUCUCAGUCACAGGCACCUGACUAACAUGGGUUCUGUAUAUGAAAUGCUAUUCCCAAAUUCGCUGGCAGCUCAGAGUCAGCCUGGCAGGACAGUCUGCCAGGAACUAAGUCCAAAUUAUGGCAAGAGUUGUGAGCUCUUUUUAUGUCUAUACUUGGUUUGAAGUUAAUAGCGAAUAUAACAGGUUCGCACAAAAGGGCAAACAAAAACCUUUCCUACGGUUCCUUGAACACCUAACAACACUCUCUGCUGUCCUCUACAGCUGUAGAACUCAGUCCUCAGACAGCUAGUCUACUUGAUUUCUAACCCUUGUGGAAGCUAAGGGGUGCUCACCAACAGGAGGCAGCCAUGUAGGCCUUUUAAAGGCCUGGUCCCAAGUCCUUUUUGAAGCCAUGGAAUAAAAUCUGCUCCAUCACCCUGAUAGAGCAUUGAAUUUUAACUGCAAUUGCACUGUCUACCACCACCCAGCCAUCAGUAUUUCCCGGCACUAAAAGGACUAAUUGCACUCGGAGGCCAAUGCUGCUUGCUGGUGUACCUUCUCCACACUAGAUGCCUGCUCACUGCCCUUUUUUCUGCUAGUGGAAGAACAGCUAAACCUGAGCAUUUCAUGUUUUUCCUUUCUUUGUUUUGGAAAGCAUUUUUGUUUUUGUGUUUGUCCGUGAUCCACUCUUUGUUUUCUAAAGUGUGUUUUGAAACUUGCGGUUAUGCAAAUAAUAUUUUAAAAACAUAACUCAAGUGUUUGUCCGAGUCAGAUUGAAUGGCAUUGCUUCUCUCCUGUGACAGGAUUGAGAAAAUUGAAAUCACGCAGCACGGACAUGCAAGCACAGAGUUGAUUAAGGGUAAAUAGAAAUACAGACUUAGUUCAAUGAAAAGGAAUUUUGGAAACUGAGCCCGAACUUGCAUAUGUAAAAGCACUUAUUUCCACAGUGGAAAUGUAGAAUUGAAAACACUCAUCAUUCUUUCCCACUGAUUUCAAAGUCAACUUCCUCAUCUACCCUCCAAUUCAUCCCAUCCAAGAUUGUAAGUUAAUAAGUUAAUGGAAAGGAUAAGCAAUAAGACUAGAUAGCACUUCGUGUUUUCAGAAUUAACCAAAUAUGUGGAGACUGACUUUGACUAUAUCUGUUUCUUAGUUUUCAAAUGGCCGCAGGGCCAUCAAGGAUCCCUUCCUCAGAGUGCUCUCUUGACGAACGCUCCAUAGUCUUCAUUUAAAAAGAAAUGUAUAUACAAAUGCUAUAGGACAUAAUAUUUUAAAAUUUAGAACAAUUUACUAGAAAGUCUUUUAGCAAACAUGUCUUCAUUACAAGACAUAUCAGAAGAAGAAAGCCUGGUCCCCAGGCUGGUGUGCAAUAGAGUGCAGGCCUGAGGGGUCCAGAUCACCACCUAGUGGUAGGUAUGGCUCAGCAAGCUCCCUUCUAUCCGAGGGGACAGUGACUAAAGAGCCCCCUGCUGAGCCACUUGGAGUGUUUAUGACCAUGCAGGAGGUGAAGCUGAGUUUCUGCUUGGGAAGGGUAGGGCCUAGGACAGUGGUGCAGAUGGCACAGGAGAGUGUUAAUGGGAUUGUGUGGUGGGAAGGCAGUUGACAGAAUGUUGGAGCCAAAGCUUUUGUAUCAGCUUUUACAGCAGAGUGGGGAUGAUCCAGAUGGGAGGUUGCACGGAACCCCCACCCCCAGGACACUUGUUGGGGAAGUGAGGGGACAGGAGAAGAAGGACAUAGACAUGAAAAGUAGCAUGAUUUUGUUAACUGGAGCCAAAGUACAAUCAUUAGAGUAGAAUGAAUUUAAUAGGAGCCCAAAGAGAAAGGGCGUAUAUUUUAUAUAGUUUGGAAACUGAAGGAAAACAACAGGGAAGCUCCCUGUCUGCAAAGCUUCUGGUUCCUCCCGACAGGAAAGAGAUAGCAAAGCUUCUGGUUCCUCCCGACAGGAAGAGAUUCUGGUUCAAGAAUUCUCCCUGACAAGUUGGAGGUAACAAGGAAUCCCAGAACAGGUCUGGCAAAUGCACUUCAGGUUGCCCUGUGGGCAAACAUGGUGAGAGAUGCAGGCCCAGGGACCCCUUUCUCGUACCUGUUUCGGAAGAGAUAUUUACUCCUUUGUGUUAGAGAAGAGGAGAAAAAAGAGACAAGAGCCCACUUCCCCAAUUCCGGUGGUCCUUGACGUCAAAGCUUAACGAGGAAUUAGUGAAAGUGAACUUCUGGUUGAACUGGGGAAAAUAAGUGUUGGGUAAAUUCACAACUUUCUUGCUUGGCUUAUAUUCACUGCAUAGGUUCUGGGGGGUUUUUUGUUUUCUUUUGUAAAGGUGGGAUGGAGAAAGAAGGGAGAGAUCAGGGACAACCCAUAGUAAUUUUUAAAAGGUAUAAGGAUUUGCUGCAUCUUUUACAAUUGUUUCAAAUUAAAUAGAUUUAUAUCCACUCACAGCUGAAUGUGGGAACAUUUUUGAGAAAAAAAUGGUCAUGUUGGCAGUGUGCUUUGGGUCUCUCACAGCCAUCAACACUCUUGGGGGAGUAGAGGAGGCAGAGAGGCAAAGCCGGAUUCACUGCUUUGUGGCUCACAAAGCUUUAUAACAGUAGUGCCUUUCGGAGGGGAGGAUGGGAGGUAAAGAAGUUCAUUGUGUUUAGACUGACUGAUGUUGCAGCAUUUUUUCUUUAUAUACAAUAUCUGUUAAAUGAAAACAUCUGAAUAUAAGGUGAGCCUAGGAAUUCUUGAGUUCCAACCUCAGUUAUUCCUGAUUAGUCCUUUCUAACAGAGAGUCUCUGUUUUCUGCCCCAGGUGUCCCCAUUGUUAAAAUGGGAGUUAGUGGGAGGGAGGGUGGACAUUCAUUUCAUAGGCGUGUUGGAAGAAUACCUUAAUUGGGAGGUCUAGAUAAUACUUGGACUUUUUAAAAAGUGCUACACACUGCCAGUGCUAAGAAUUUCAUUGACAGGAACUUGAACAUUCCAGGUUUUCAAUAUUCAUGUCUUUAGGUACUCAUUUGCAAACUCAUGAAGUUAAAUUCUACAAAUUGAUUUUAAUUGGAGGUACUAGGUGCUCUUUGUCUAAAUGUUAUUUGGUUUUGGCCUAUAAUUUUGAUCAUUUAAAAGCUUGUCUACAGAAAGAGGUUAGGAGAGCUAAUUGAAGUCUUUAUGUCAAUAAACUGUUUUCACCGGUGUUUCUUGUGGCAGACGCAGAGUAAGAUGCCCUCCAAAGCAACCACUACUCUCUCUUCUCAAGCCUUGUGCCCUGGAAAAUUAGGCAGAGAAGAUCCCAAACAGCCACUUUCCUCAUCAGGAGGGCAGAAGUGAGAGUAAAAUAGUGUCUGAUCUCACACUCACUAUUUCAGAGUCUCACAGUCAUCUGUUAUUGAAGGGGCAAAUGAAAUGCCCGGGUGUAGAAAUGAAGAACUCUUGGUUUUUGGAGGGAAAAACUUUGGAUCCUUUUUAAAAGAUAAUUAGGUUUUUCAGGAGUGUAAUAUUUGCCUCCUCAUAGUCUCCAUGAUUUAGCGCCCGUGAGCUAGUCAUUACUUUUUUCUCACCUCUGUGGAUGAGCAUGGAAAUUUGUGAGAAUGUGAGGGAGCCAAUAUGUUAUACACUAGAUAAUGGUUAUUUCUGUGUAUUAACUAAAACUUUGUCCUGUGUUUGAUAGAGGAGGGGAUAUUUCACACAGAAGGGGUCUCUGAGUGGGGCAAAAGUGCAAGUACCAUUUCUUGCUCAGUUUUGAGGAAUUUUGACCUAUUCCUUUCUCUGCUGUGCGGCAUCUCUGUGGAGUCUGGGCUAGGCAAACACAGUAUGUGAGCUUUCAGUGGAUUAUCUGUAUUAUGGCUUUUCUUAACUAUUUAAAAUCUAGGAAUCACUUGAAAAUGAAUGAGCAAACCUGGGGCAGGGUUAGGAAAGAUAAGGUUUACACAUAUUCCACUAAGAUAAGGGAAGCUACUAUGUUAAUAUUCAUUUUCUAAAAACUCUAAGGCUCUCAUUGUUUCACUAAUUUUAGAGGGUUAAAAAGGGCUGAAAUUUGUCCACAGCACUAGCCACUUAGAAAAUGUUAUUCACGUGAGAAAUCUAUACAGAAAUAGUAGAACACAGAAAUAUCAUAGGCCAUAUUUUCCUCUUCAUUUUAAUAUAUGUAGAAGUUAGAGGAGAAGAAAUUACUCUAAGACAAAUUUUCAUCUUUAAGGGAUAUUUACAGAAAGCCUGAAAUUGAUACUCACAGGCUUGGUGUCCUCCUCUCAGCCUUGUUGCUGGGAGAGUCGAAACUGUUGUCAGAUUUAGCUUCUGUUCAAAUAUUCAAGAUUAACUGUUUAUUCAGAUAACUGUUAUUUUGGAGAGUGAGGAUAGCUGAGAAAAGGGAGGGUGGUAGGAAAACACACAAGUAAAUUUCUUGAAGUCCCCCCUCCUGAGGCUUAAUUUGAGCAAGCUAAUCUGCUAGCCCAGGAGGAGCUGGCACAAGAGCUCCACCCAUGCCUGACUUCUGUCAAGAAAUGUAUCCACAUCCAGGAGUAUCACGCAAACUAUAAUGACCUCACAGACUGUGGUUGUGAAUUUGCAGUUAACAAAUAUACGUCUUCUUUAACCAACUGAAGCCAUAUCUGUCAUUUCUGUGUUUGACUCUUUUUUUUUUUUUAACCCCGGUGCUUUCCCCUCUGUUUCUGCCAAACUUCAGCCUACUCUAUGGGGAAGAGGAGUAAAACCGUAGUUAGGAUGAAUGUGAGGACCAUGAAAAAACUAAACCUCCUCUUCACAGUGAGAUCCUAGCCAGAGAACAGUAGUGAUCAAAAUGCAAACUGUUGGAAAACAUGGAUAUAUGUACAUCUGUACAUGUAUAUAGUGUAUAAUAUGUAUGUAUAUGUUAUUGCUCAUAUGCAGAAAUCUAUCCAUUUGAAGACAGCCCAGGUGGGUCCAUUUUUCUGUUGGAAAACCAUCCGGGCCAUUCAAAACCAUUAGGGCCGAUGGGUAGAGUUACAUUCUACUGAAUUAGGAAUCAUUUGCUGUCUUUUGAAGUCCACAAACCCAAAUCAAUGAAGCCUAAAACAAUGGGGCCACCAUUUCAGUUAUUAUGUUUAUAUGGAGUCAGAAGUACCUUUAUAUUUGAAUCAUUAACAGUUGGUUUGCAAACUGCAUUGGCACCUUUUGGUUUUGAGUGACCCCACCCCACCACUUCUUUUGAGAGUUCGACAUGGCUUCUCUGGCCAUUCAGAUAAAGGGCCUUAUCCAUAGUGGACAGGUUUCCCCAUAGAGACCAUUACACAUAUACAUAUAAGUACAUACAUCCAUCAGGCUUAUAACAAUUGGUUUAAAAAUCACUCCACAGUAUUGAUAAAUAGCUCUAUAUUUUCAAGGUGCAGAAAAAUUCCACAGCCUUAAUUAUUUCAGUGUCUUGCUGGUCUGCCUUAAGUGUAUCUUCUGGGUUUUGGUUGUCUGAUUAUUUUUAAAUUUUUCUGCAAUUAUUCAUUUUGUAUGCACACAAUGUCAUUUUGUAAAGGUAGGUUGUAUAUAUUUUAUUUGUAAGUCAAAUUCAUUCACGUGUAAUGUUGUAAAGUGAUGAUCUGCUGUCUUGUUAUACUACAGUAAAUGUUAUAAGUUAUGGAUGACUUCAAAAUGUACAUCUCACAAGUUAUGCAUUCCUAUAAAUAUACUAUACUAAAGAUCAUUA